UGUAAAGCCCGCCGUCUGGGUCCCGGGAUACACUCCGCCAGCAUCAGGGCCGCCAGCGUGCCAGCGUCAACAACAUGGCUCGUGUGCUACUCGUCGUCUGCCUGGUCCUGGCUGCGUUGUGCUUCACCAGCAGCCAGCACCUCGACAGUAGCUCCAACGACGCGCAGGCCAAGAAGAAGGUACAUCAGAUCGAGAACGCAGCCCUUGACCCGUCUCCUUCCCACUUAGGUGAGGCCCAACCGAAGCAGAAGCGGUCCCCGCAGGGCUGGGGCUACACGACGAGCAGGUACCCCACUUCAAGUAGCACGACCCCAAGGUGGCCCACUACGAGGAGGCCAAGUACGACCCCAGGCUGGCCCACCACGAGGAGGCCAACUACGACCCCAAGGUGGCCCACUACCACGAAAAGCAGCAAGGAUCAGAGCUUCGUCAUCGGCGGGCUGUACCAGAAUGACAGGCAACUAGAACGCGAGACAGUGUACAAGUCGAGCACCUUCUUGAGCGUCAACACGAAAGAGCUGUCUUACUCCGGCGCCGCCACCAUCCACUGCAUCCAGGUCGUGGACCUGCAGAUCAACGGCAAGAACGCCGCGGUGAAGGUGCAGAGCGGCGGCGUCGGCCAGAGGCGGGUGAACCUGAAGUUCAAGAGCCAGCGUGGCGAGAAGAUCAACUACCUGGUCAUCAUUUGGGGACAGUAGGCGCAGAGGCUGUUACCUCCAGAUUCUAAUUUCUCUAUCGGGAGAGAUUUUGUUCUGCCAAAAAAAAACGAUGAAAUACAAAUGUUUUACAAAUUUUGAGUA